UUGAAUUAAAAGUGAAAAAAUUUUUAUUUCUGGUAAUAGAGAUGAGUGUGUGACAACACUUACUAUGGAGAAAUAUAAUCAAGAAUGCAUUAGAAAAUUCGUACACUAUUCGGAGAAUAGCAACAGUCUUCAACACUUUUUUUUAAACAAGCCCGAGCAUAGACUAUUAGCAUAUUAUUGGUUGCAGAAGUUGCGAAGUUAUGAGUGCGAGAAUUUCGAAGAUCAAUUUGUUCGCAAUCGUUAUAUAAGGAAUCUGAUGGCUUGUAUUAACAAGGAAACGUUGUUUGGUUCUUUUUUGCUGAAGCCUCCUAAAGGUAAAUUACCACCUACUGAUUUUUAUAUAAAUUAUUAUGCAGAGGAAAAAGAUACGAAAAAGGGGUUGCCACAGAAAGGAUCCUUAAAAAAGCCCAGUUUCGUGCCCAAUUUAGACCAAUCAAGUCAAGGUGAGUAUGAUACAUUAAAGGAACCAGAUAUUAGAUGCCUGACCAAUGUGUGCGAUGACAGUGCAGAGGAAAUCAAACUUGAAAUACAAGAAAGUGAUCCAGUAUGGAAGCUCAAUGUGAAAGUUCUUCUCAAAGCAAUAACAGCAGAAUUAAGAGGAGACAUUGAUAAUGAACUUAAACAACAUCUUGACCGUGAAUUAGAGCGCUACAAAGAUUUUAUAAUGAAUUAUCCAGACUUAAUGGCGCUGUAUGAAGAGCAGAGUGUUUCAUCUCAAUACUCCUUUCUUUUAGUUCAGCUUCAAAACGAUAUCAUCAAACUACUCCAUUCUGCGGAGUAAAUUCCUAUGCAAAGAACUUCAGAAAUAACUAAUGAGGAUAUAUAACCAUUUAGAACUCCCACACUCAUAGAAAGCCAUUACACCGAUCGUUGUCAUUAUUUACUGAAUGGAAUACAGAUGUGACUUAUUUUAAUAGAUUAUAUUAAUUAAUGGAAAUUUUUUGAUCAAAUAGUG